AGGUUCAUUCUGUCAUACCGGUAAACAAUAAAAGUAUUCGAAAACUAGGACUUAUAACCAGUACUUUAUUAAGAUUGCAAAUAAAAAAUGGAAUUAACCAGCGAUCUUAUAUGUAUACAGGGUAUUUUAUCGCGUUUGAUGAAAAAUACAGGAGAAUUUACAAGGAUUAAUUACAAAGGAGGUAAUGAGGAUGUGAUUUUAAACAUUAUGUUAGAUAUUCAAAAAUUCUUGAAAAAUAAAAAAUAUAUUACAGAUGAUAAUAAACCAAAUAGAUUGUAUGAUAAACAAUUAGAAGAAAUAGUAUUAUUCCUGGCAUUAAAUACCUCAUACAAACAUCCAUUAGAUAUGGAAGAGUAUUCUCACCUUAUAAAUGUAACUGUGCCAUUGUCCAAAUGUCUGUUUUCAAACAUUGUGUAUGGUCUGGAUUUGUGCCAAUAUUAUUGCACUGUUAUAGAAAAACUACCAAUCAGCAAUAGUGCAGAGUUGUUAGAUGAAGUUUUACAAUGCUUAAAAAAAUCUACUCCAGAUGUUAUGUUGGAGUAUACUGAAAUGUUUUUAACAACCACAGUGAAUAAGUUGUCAAAAACUACUUUCACCAAAAAGGAUGAAGAACAUUUAGAUAAUGUGUGUGAAAUUACAAAAAUAAUACUACUAAAUUUAUCUGGAAUAUAUGCAGAUCAAAUAAAAAAUUGGAAAAAAGAUCAAAUCUACAAUCAUAUGGGAUUGUGUUUGUUGAGCCUCUUCAAUCUACUUCUUCAAUGUGAUCAGAAUUGUUUAGUAUUGAGACAGUUUAUUAUAAAUGUGACGAGAACAUGUUGUUCCGUUAUUAAAAAUGUCACUAUUGAUGUUUUCUGUACAUGGGCAGAGACUGAAAUAGAAGAUGAGGUCCUUCAGACAGUAGUAUCAAACAAGGCAUACUUAGUAUUAGAGAUGUAUCAAAAAUUUCCCGAAGCUAAAGAAUUAAUUUCUGUACUGGGAUCUAUUGCAAGAAAACCUAAAUCUUUAACUGAACAAAUACACGAAGCUGAUGUUAAUAAAAUCAUUCAAAAGAUUAAUAAGAAAGAUGCUGAUCAAAAGAACUGGUUUAAAGCUCUCAUAAGAACUCAAAUAUUCGAUAAUCCAGAAUCAAGAGAAUGCGUCAGGAAAUGGUCUCAUUUAUGUGACGACGAAGAUAUUUCCAUCCUUCUAAAUUGGUGUGUUCAUAAAAACGAUAAAGAAUCCGUUGAAGUCAUAAUAAAAUGUAUAUCCCACAUAGAUCUAGAAAAACUAACACUAGUGAUAACAAAACAUUUUUAUAAGAAUAAAAUUAUAAAUUUGGGUUCAACGGACACAACAAAGCAAUUGAUAGAUCUAUUAAAUAAAGUCAACGAAUGUACUUGUGUAGAAGAACUAGCAAAAAGCAUUUUAAUUCUCUUCUUGCAGAAACCUACUGAUGUUCUUACACAUAUGUAUGAACAAUGUCUUAAGAAUAGUUUCUAUGCAAAUAUUUUGAAAGUUACUUUCAAAUGUUUGAAAGAAGUUAUCAAAAUUAAUAACAUGGGCGUUAAUCUAUUGUUUACAGUGGCUAACAAUACACCGCCUAAUGCCCAAAAUGUCGAUGAAUAUAAAGAAUUAUUUGCAGUUCUCGUCGAAAUUAAUUAUUUCAAUAGCGAAGAUAUACUGCUAAAAAUUUUAACUCCUAUGGUGAACAAAUAUGUUGCGGAAACAAAUUUGGAGAAACUGGAUCUUGUACUUCAAAUGUUUCUGAGUGAAACGUUAUUAUUGCCUAUUGUCGAUCAUACUAAAGAUAUUACUAAAUUGUUGUUAACUAUUAUGAAUGAAAAUCGAUGUAACUUUCUAAAUUUUAAUGGACUUAAACAACAAAUCACCAAACAUGUUGUAGAUAUCUGUUUGGAUGUGUGCAAACCAAGUUAUGAUUCUGAAGUUGACAUAUCAGUUCCAAAUGAAGACAACUUCACUGAAUAUUAUAAAUUAUGUCUUAUAUCGGGAGGGAAGGAAUUGUCAUUAUUUAAAAAUGUAUGUAGCAAUUUUGAUAUUGAAGAUUAUGGAAACUGUGUCAAUACCAUGUUGAAGUUAUUGCCUCCAGCAGUUUGUAGAGAAUGGUUACUUAUAUCUCAAGAUAUUAUUGAAAAAUGUGGAACUAACAAAUGUAUGGAACUUUUCACAGAUGUCAUGAUAUUACUAUCUCAGUUAGUUGAGACCCAGGAUGUUAGUAAUAAUCAGUCUAUAUAUUUAGCUUUGAAAAACUGUGUUAGAAAUUAUGGAAUAGUAGUACAGCAAAAAAUACUCCACAAUUCAACUUUGGAAUUAGAAGUGGAAGUAAAUAAUCAAAUCUGCCGAUUAUUGGCCAAACUUCCAGAUUCUUUCAAAGAAGAAGAGGGAUUAACUUUAGUGAAGAUCCUCACUGAUCGAUCUUUGAAACAUUUGGCAAAUGAUAAAGAAUUCCUAUGUCGUUUAAUAUUAAUUAAAAAUUCUAGAUUGUGUCAAGUAUUAGCUCAAAAGAUUACAGGCAAAUAAAGUUAUUUUUACAUAAUUA